AUGGUUACAACUAUCGUUAUAUUAUUAGCAUUAUACUUACCUUUAACUAAUGAUAUUGCUAAUCUGAAGAAAAAAGGCCUCAAUAAUAUUGACAACAGCAUGGUAAUUCAUGAGGAUGUUGGAAAACGGGUAUGCUUAACAAAAGGUUGCAUUCAAGCAGCAAAUAACCUUCUGAUGGCGAUGAAUUUAUCGGCUAAUCCAUGUGACGACUUUUUCGAAUAUGCUUGUGGCCAAUGGAAUCGUGAUCAUAUGAUACCUGAUGAUAUGUUUGCUUAUGGUACGUUUGCGUCUGUCCGAGAAAAUGUCCGGCAACAAAUGAGAGGUAAUACUGAUUGUGCAAUUAUUAUGUGA